AUGCUCUCCUUCCACGUGUGUUUGCUCUGUACCGUGGUGUUUGGACACUUACUGCAGGCAGCUGCUCAGCCUGGGGACACGUCCACGUCCAACUCCAGCUCCCCCGGCGAGGAGUCCUUCACCUCACCCACCCCGGCUCCGGCUCCGGGCGGGACCGCCGGAGACAACGUUACCAUAGCAACGGCGACGCCGUCUCCUCCCGAGGAAUCCACCACCCAGCAGACCUGGACGGUCUGGUCACCAACAAGUUGUCUCUGUGAUCUGACCCCUGGGUUUUGUGACAUUGACUGCUGUUGUGACACAGCCGAUUGUGAUGUUGCCAACUUGAGCACCGUCUUCACUGGUUGUCCACAAAAAGUCAUACCAGGAGUAUGCAUUGAGAAAUGGCUUAUUUUCAAAACCGAUGUGAAUUCAUCUCUGGUCACUGUGACGGACUCCUUGUUUUGUGUGCGAGCUGAGGACGAAACAGUCCUGUCUCUCCCAGCAUUAAACCGGCAUCCAGUUAUAGGGGACUCUUACCACUUCUCACCACCAAAAAACACAUAUACCAGACACAGCAGAGAAUUUUACAGGGUUGAUGAUCUCAUCCUGACAUAUUUCUCCAACUCAUCUGUGGGUGGUUUCCUGCAUCAACCUUCUCCGGGGGCUGCGUCUUCAUCCUGCAUCAACCGCAACCCUGCAAAGUUUUUGAGGUCCACUUCUUCAUCAUGUUCUCGCAUGGUGACUCCUCUGUCAUGCACCACAGAUCCAAAACUUAAUGCCCGCUCGUACUUCUCUGAUCUGAGUCUGAUCAAGAUACCAAUAUCUGAAAAGGUCAAACCAGAAUCAGAUCUUCUGAUCCCGGUGAUUCCCCGGGCUGACUGGCCUGCACCUGCCAGUCAAAACAACUCCUGUGUAAACGUAGUCACAAAGGUGGAGUUUGUUAUCGGUUACACGAGCAGGGGGGAACUCGCAUAUGCAACAAUCAAUGUAGUCUUGGAUGAUGUGGGCAUUGAUCAACUGUUGCUGCAGACACACUCCGUGUAUUUCCAGCUGGCCACACCCAGCACUAGUCCAGGAAGACUAAUAACUGCUGCUGGACUCAAAGUGGGAUCUCCUGUCGUCGGCCGUUUUGAUGAGGAAGUUCAACCUGUUACGUUACUUGGACUUCCACGAGACGGGGAGUGUUCCUCUGAUCCCAGCACAAGAGUGCCCAUCCUCUUCACUCACAACACCUUUACUGGUUGCAUAUUCAACUCCCCAGGGAGUAACUGUUCCCAGCUACGCUCACAGAUUUAUGCCAUCUUGAGAGGACCUGCUGCCCCUGAUGUAAUUGCCAUGAACUCAGGCAGCCAGCCAGACUGGACGAGAGUCAUCGCGCAGGAAUGUCCCAUCAACCCGCAGGAGACAUGUGACUCAGGCUGCACCGUCCCACACUCCCUCUCUAUCCAAGUGCUGUGGGCUCGCCAGGGUUUCAUUGACCUUCCCCAGAAGUACAUCCUGGGAGCUAAAUACCUCUUCCACUGUCAGAUUAUCAAGUGUCCUCUGCCGUCUCCUCUCGCCCUGACAACAACAGCUGCGUUCACUGAAACCACAGUUUACCCAGAAGCUCCCAGGGGUUCGCCUCAGCCACACUGGAAGUUUCCAUUUGACUUCUUCACUAGAGGCUCCGCUGAGCUGGACGGCCACUUUGCUGCAAGCAGCAGCAGCAGCAGCAGCUCUGAGGUCACAUGGACGUUAAUGCUGUUAAUAGUCAUGUUGCUAACAGGAUUAGAAUUCCUUAAUAGGUAAUUUGAUACAGAGGCGAAUUUGUAAGGGAUUUUCAUUUGAGGCAAAGUGGAAAAAAAAAGUGAGAUAAAUGUUUUAUUUUUCUUGAGCCUUUUUUACAAAAUAAAACAUUUUACAAUAUGUAAAAGGAGACAUUGGUUUGUAUCAUUCUAAAAUACCAUAAUUUAUUGGAUUGACCAUUUUACAGGAAUGUUUCUAUGUUUACACGGUCAUAAGGCAAUUAUAAAGA